CAGGCCUUGGUGUGGCCUGAGGGCUUUAGGGUUCUGCACUGAGCAGCUGGAGCUCCAAUGCUGCCCCUCCUGUGUGCAGUGCGAGCCCAGCGCGUGCGCCCAGCAGCCCCCUUUUGUUGGAAGAGCCCUGUGUGUGAGAGCAUCCCGUGAUGGCAGAUCCUGAUUUAGACUUCACCAGCGGAGAUGCUGGGGCUUCCCUGACGUACCCCAUGCAGUGCAGUGCCCUGCGCAAGAACGGCCACGUCGUGCUGAAGGGGAGACCGUGCAAAAUCGUGGAGAUGUCCACCUCCAAAACGGGCAAGCAUGGACAUGCAAAGGUUCACCUGGUUGGAAUCGACAUUUUUACCGGAAAGAAGAACGAAGAUAUUUGUCCCUCCACUCACAACAUGGACGUCCCCAACAUCAAGAGGCUCGACUAUCAGCUGGUCGGCGUGACCGACGGGUUCCUGUCCCUGAUGAAGGAUAACGGAGAGAUCCGAGAGGACCUGAGGCUGCCGGACGGAGAUCUGGGGAAGGAGAUCGAGAGCAAGUUCGAGGCUGGAGAGGAGAUGCUGAUCUCCGUUCUGUCUGCGAUGGGUGAGGAGUGCGCCGUGGCCAUCAAGGCGAUGACCUCCAAAUAAACCGGAGCAGGCUGGCUGAGAUCUCGCCACAGUGUGGAUUUCACUGUGUGGAUGUAAACGUCACCAAAGCUGCGGAGCUAUGGCCUUUACAGAUGACCUCAGAUUACUUCUGUUUAACCGUGCUGGGCCUUUCUUUACCUCUUUCUCUCUCUCUCUCUUUCUCUCUCUCUUUCUCUCUUUUGGCCUACUGGCCAGUUUAGCACUCUUCUAAAUCAGUCCUCUUUUUCUCUUGUUUUGUUUUUUUCUUCCAUUCCUUUGCUUCCAUAUUCCAGAUUUACUUUUGAGCAUUCCUCACGGAGAGUCAGUUUAUCAUUUCGUUUACUCCUGUUCAGUUUUUCAUUCCCUUUAGGAGGAAAUAAGUUUCAUAGGUUCUUUCAGAGGCCGUGCGCUCGGGACUAGUAUUACCUGUAGAUCACCAUCCAUGAAAGCUAAAGGAGCAGUCGGCGGACGUCUGAUUUCUCUCACAGUGCCCUUCUGCCUUAAACUGGUAUCAACUGACAGCCAUAGAAGACCUGCUGGCCUCGCGUCGUUACCUCUGAUCAAUAAAACCGGCAUAUUUACCACCUCCUGUCGAAUGCAUGCUUUUGAAUGUUGCUCUGAUACUCUGUGUGGAGGAAUCGGUGUUAACUUACCACCUUGUUUCCACUCGAGGCCUUUAUUACCAGACUGAGUAUUUAAAGGGCCCAUAUUCUGCAUUUUUCCUUUUUUUUUAAUGUCCGCUAAACAUUUCUGUGGAUUUAUAUACCAAAAAAAAGCCAUGAUUCCUUUUCAUGUUACCUCGCUUCUCAGAAAAUAAACACUCUGUUUUUGUUACUGUGCCUUUAAGACUGAUUAUGUGUGUAAAUUAGCUCUUGUUUCUGAUUGGCUGCCCUCGUUUAAAA